AUGAAUCCGACGUCAUCUGCUCCAAACAAGGCGCCCUCGGCCCCGACGACCGCGAACCAUUCCCCAUCGGCUCCUCCUACCUCAAACCCCAGCUUUGACUCCAAUCGACGUCAGAUACAAGCCCCAUCACACCCUCAAGCAGUCCCCCGGAAAGGGCAGGGCGCAAGGGGCCAGCACCGAAACCAGAGGCGAGCAGGAACACAGGGUGACCCGAGACAUAUUGACGACGAGGACGCAAUGGCUGAGAUUCGCGCGCUGCGAAACGCCUCGAGCAGGCGCGGCCAAACAUCCAUCACGCAUCUCAUGAGUUACGCAUUGCCGCCGCGUCCGCACGAGGGUCAUCAUUCAUACUCUCGUUCCUAUCGCCGCAAUCCCUCCUGGGGCGUCGGCUCCGGUUACCACGCCGCCGACAAGGCCCGCUAUAUCCACGCGAACUAUCGUUUUGUGGUCAACCCCGGGGGUAACUAUACCGCUCAAGCUGCCGACGCCGAUGAGCACAUCGAUUGGAAUGAUGUUCUUCAAGUCAUUGCCUCGGCCAAAUCCCAGCAAUCAUCUUGCCCCAUUUGUCUCUCGGACCCGGUUGCGCCACGCAUGGCAAAAUGCGGGCACAUAUUCUGCCUUCCCUGCCUGAUGCGCUUCAUGAACACCAAUACAAGUGAGGAGCCCGGGAAAAAGCAGAUGCGAUGGAGGAAAUGCCCCAUUUGCGAAGACUCGAUAUACCUCUCAGACGUGCGACCGGUUAGGUUGUACGCCGGCCAAGAAUGCGCAUUGCCGCGUAAAGGCGACGAUGUGAUUCUCCGCCUGAUGAUGCGAACCUCGAAAAAUACACUGGCAUUGCCAAAGGAGGGGGCAGUUGAGGUAUUUCAGUCUGGCGACGAGAUCCCGUGGCAUUUUGCGGCAAACGUUUUGGAUUAUGCCAGGAUCAUGAGGGGCACCAGCGGUUAUAUGGCGGAGCAAUUCGAUCACGAGGUGGAAGAGCUUGUCAAGCAGGAGCAGGAAGAUGAGCUCCUUUACCACGAGGACAACGAAUGGACACAGAAGGCAAUCAGGGCGAUCAAGACGGCGAAGGAGAAGACGGCCGAGUUGGGCGAGGCAGAAAAGGCGGCUGCGCUGGCCGGGAUUUCUGGACCGGACCAGUCGAAACAAGUCGAGCAAGACUUUUACUUUUACUCGUCACUGCCGCACCUCUACCUCUCGCCUCUGGAUAUCCGAAUCUUGAAGACGAAGUAUGGGUCGUUCUCUGCCUUCCCGUCCACGCUGCUCCCCAGGGUCGAGCACAUCUCAACCGGUCAUGUGGUUGACGAGGCCCUGCGAAAGCGGGCAAAAUACCUCGGCCACUUGCCUCGGGGAUGUCUGAUUAGCUUUUUGGAGUGCGACUGGGCAGAUAUCGUCUCGCCCGAGAUUCUAUCCACAUUUUCCGAAGAAAUAGAACGCCGCCGCAAGCGUAACCGGGAGAAAGCAACGCAGGAGGAACGGGAGCGUCUUCAAGCGGAAAAGAUCGAGGCAGCCGCAAUCCGCGAUGCCCGGAGAAACUUUGGCGCCAUUGACGAGGGGGUGACUGUCCGCUUUGGGAACACUGGCCUGGACGAACCCCCCGUCAAUAUGGACGACUUCAUACCGCUCGGGGCCGAAGGCACGACACCGCCAAACCCGAGAGCGGGAUUCUCCUCCCUAUCGGAGAUGAGCACCAGUCCAUCGGGCCGUAGAACGGUUUGGGGGACACCUCUGGUUGCAGGCGACGAGCCGGAAACCCUACCCACCCGACCUAAUGCGGACGAUGGGUGGUUGAAGGAUGAUGCUGUGCUCGAGACGUUGGGGGAUGCCGACAUCGCUAUGCAGCUAGAGGCGCUCGGGGUGGAAACAAAAGGUGAAAGUAGCUCGAAGGCGGCUGCUGCUGCGCCUGGCGGUGGGGGAGGAAAGAAGAAGAAGAAGCAGAAGAUCACGCUGAUGAGCACCGGUGGCCGACGGGGUCUUUAA